AUGCGUUCAAUAAAGAUCAACUCAGUGGGCAUCAAUGCUGAUCAGGAUAUUUUCUCAGUAGCCACCGAUUCGGGAAUUCGCUUAUUCAAUGUGAAUCCACUGGCAUUGCUUUCAAGUGUUAGUAAGGACCUCGUCGGAUCAGUCGGUUUCUGCACGAUUCUCCACCGCUCAAAUCUCAUCAUUUUCUCGGGGGCACCUGGCUCGAAAUUCCCCUCAAAUACAGUCUUCGUCUGGGAUGAUAAAGCAAAGGAAUUGGUGUUGGAGAUUGCAGUCCCCGGCGGUGCCAUUCUCAACAUUUUAGCCUCAUACACCCAUUUGAUCGUCGUGCAAGCAAGAAAACUACACAUUUUCCAGUUCCCCAAUCCGUGCAAACUUUUGCGAUCAGAGGAAGUUGGAUUGAGUCAAAAAACGAUUUGCGCUUUGAGUGCCGAUGUCACUUUCCCUUGUUUGGCCUUUUCAGGAUUCAAGAUCGGAAGCGUUCAAAUUAUGAGAUUAGACAAAGUGUCGAGUACUCUGUCUCAACAUUCGAAAACAGUAGACGCUCAUCAGAAUGAAAUCGCUCAUAUGGCAAUGAAUAAGCAGGGAAUGUUGCUAGCCACUGGAUCGAUUAAAGGAACUGUGAUUCGAAUUUUCGACACAAGAACUUGCGCGCCAAUGUGGGAGUUUCGUCGAGGCACUGAUCCAGCUGGAUUGCACUGUAUUCAGUUUUCCCCUUGUUCAACUUUCUUAGCCGUUUCGUCAGACAAAGGAACGAUUCAUAUUUUCUCUUGUCGUGACUCAAAGAGUAAUGUUGGCUCGACAAAGAAGAAUUUGCUUCAACAAUUCAUGCCAUCGGAGCAGCGCAGUAUCGCUCAAAUCAGUCUCGAGCCUCGUGUUCUCACAUUGGCAUUUGUGCCUGGUUCAUCAACAAGAAUCCAAUCAAUCGUUGCUCUCUGUGCUGGUGGCACAUAUCAUCGCUUCUCAUUCGGCUUAGAUGGUCACACAAAUCGUGAGGGUUUCGAUUAUUUCAUGCAAUUGGGUGACGAGGAAGAGUUUUGGACGCAACCAUUA